GACAAUAAUAUUGACAUUUUGUUUUGGUUUUCAUUCACCAGCUGCUUAUUAUAUUUAUCUAACGAGUAAUCACUUCAUUACAUGCGUUUACUUUAACUAUUAAAGUAAAAUGACUCAUAACUUGAAGAGAGUUCGAUAGUUAAAAUUCAUAACUAACAAAUACUUCUUCGGAAGUGUUCAAAGAGACACGCAAGAUGAAUGAACUGAGUGAUAAUUACAAAUCAGAUUUGGAUUGUGCUGUAUGUUUACAAAAGUGUAACCAUCCAACCCAGUUACCAUGUAGCCAUGUAUUUUGCUUCCUCUGUGUAAAGGGUAUUGCUUUUCAAAGUAAAAAGUGUGCUAUGUGUCGAGCAGUGAUACCAUCCAAUUACUUGGAUAAUCCAAUAUUACUAGGAACAUUGUGUGAAGAACAAGGAAAUACUAAUUCCACUCAAGAAGUGUACCAGUGGUUCUAUGAAGGAAGAAAUGGUUGGUGGAAAUAUGACGAACGUAGUAACUCUGAGUUAGAAGCUGCUUACUCUUCUGGUGAAGCCGACUGUACCCUGCUCUUAGCUGGAACUCUAUAUAACAUAGACUUUCAAAGUAUGACACAGGUUAGGCGAAGCGACCAGACACGGCGGCGUCGGGUGCGACGAGAUACACCUAUGUUUCCUGCAAAAGGAAUAGCUGGCAUAAAGACUGAUGACACAACUACAAGACAAACAAAGAGUGAUGAUGAAGAUGAUGUUAUACUUGUUCCAACUGAAAAUGAAGUUAUUGAAAUAAGUGAUGAGGAAAAUGAGAUGCCAAUUGAGCCUGUUUCAGAGCCACAUGAACAUGUUAAUAAUUUGAUUGACAGUAUCAGGUAAUUCACUUAAGUUCUAUGAGCCUUCAAGAGCCAAACACAAGAGAUCUAGACCAUGAAGAUACCUGAUCAUAGUAUAUUACUCAGCCUACUUAAUUUUUAGACUUCCGUAAAGUUUUUACAUUGUAUGUUAAUACAAUAAAUAUUAUAUUUUUAUUGUUAUAA